AUGGACGAGUUCGGCUCGAGCUCCGGCGAGCGACCUGGUCUCCGCGCGCGCGCCGCUCCGUUUCGGGCUCCCCGCUUGUUUCGGUUCGGCUCGGGUUUCCCGCUCGGCUCGAGCUCCCCACACGCGCGGCGCUUGCUCCGUCCGGGCUUGGCCCGACUAGGCCCCGCCCCGCGUCCCAGCCUCAGCCCGUGUGCUCGCGUCGCUCAGCCGGCCGCUGGUGCGGAUCGGUUGGCCGGUCGGAUCAAAGAGACUAGAGGAGUAUGCGCAUCUAGUACCUUUGGGUCGGAUUGGGUAGGUGAAGUGGAAAUGGCUGCGGAGGCGGCUGCGCUGCCGGGCUGCGGCUGCAAAGGAAUCCGUUCGUGUCUGAGAUGUGAGCAGGCCAGAGGCCCAGUUGAUCUAUGUCCCAAGUUACAGCGGAGAAAGUACCACUUCACUUAUCAUUUGGAGUCAGGCUUAGCAGUUGCAGAUUACUCUACUUGUCUGACUGGUUGGGCUUUUCCAUUUCCUGGUGUAUUUUUAGCCGAAAAGUUUGUGAAUGAAGAGGAAGAAGCGGAGAUGGUAAACCUAAUGGAUGACAAUGAGUGGAAACCAUCCCAAUCUGGACGAAGGAAACAGGACUAUGGCCCAAAAGUGAACUUUAAAAAGCGCAAGUUGAAAGUGGGAUGCUUCAGUGGCCUACCGUGCAAUAGCCUCUCGCUCAUGGAUCGAAUGACACAAUGCAGUGUACUGAAAGACUUCCUUCCUGUAGAACAGUGUAACCUAGAUUACAGACCAGAACAUGGCUCUGGCAUUGAUCCACACUUUGAUGACUGGUGGCUCUGGGGCAAACGUUUGGUCAGCAUUAAUCUGCUGUCUGAAACCAAAUUAUCAAUGACUUGUGAUUCGGAGGAUUUGAUCCAACUACACUUGACUGAAAUGGUGCCCAAUACUCAGCAAUGUGAUCCCAUAAAUGGUAACUCGGAAAGCAUUUCUGAUUUCCAUGGAGAUACUUCAGAUCAUUGCAAAGGUCAAAGGUCUGUAUCUUACAAUGAUGUCGAGAUAGCAAUUCACAUGCCAAGGCGAUCUUUAAUUGUUUUGUAUGGAAAUGCACGAUAUAAAUGGAAACAUGGGAUUUAUAGACAGGAUAUCCAGUCAAGGCGAAUAUGCUGUACCUUUAGGGAGCUAUCAGAAGAGUUUGGCGAGGGAGGUAAACAAGAAGCAUUGGGGAAAGUGCUUUUGGAUAUUGCAUUAAGCUUUAAAGGUGUUCCUGGAUAAUAACUGCUGAAGCAUCAAAAGGUAUUAUAAACCUGGCUCUGGGAUAUGUACAUAAAGAUUUGGAUUGUUAUUUUAUUCUAUUUCGGUACUAUGUAGCCUGGUUUUAAAUACCUGGCUCCAGGCUAUUAUAGUUUCAUAAAGUAACUUUAGUAGCAUAAAGUAAAAAUACAAAAGUCAUGAAUUAUGCUAGUUAUCCUCCUCCCCACUUGGGAAUAAACUGCUAUCUCUACACUAAAUCUUGCACCCCCAAUCACACUAACAUUGAGAAUUCUCCACUGAAAGACAUUAUGGUCACCAAAUCUUGCAUUGGUACAACCUCUUGGGCAUUUCUGGAGAGUGAGGAUGACUUGUUUCCACUCUGGUUUGGUAGGUUCUGAGUUGGCAGAAGAUUCCUGGCAGGAUGGUUAAGUGGGUAGUAUGAAAUAUAUCUUCCUUCUGCUCUUUACGUUGGUCUUCUCCAAAUACAAUGCAGUCCCCAGUGCACUUUAUCCAUGAGCAAUUUGGACUGGAGGGCCUGUCUCCAUGUAUGACUUCAUUUUAAGGGUCAUGAACCAGGGAUUCCCAUGAGCUAAUGGAAAUAUAGUUUUUUUCCCCCCAAUGGGACUUUGAGAACAUCCUCGAAAGUUUCUUCCCACCUGCUAAUCCCUUGAUGUAGGAACCUAAAUGUCUGUUUUAAGGGUCCAAUGUUGGCCUUGGGAGUUCCAUGGUCUGCCCAAUGUAGCAGACACAAGUAUAAUUUGAACAUCAAUCUUGGGGUGCAGCAAUGUAGCAACGGAAUUUGUGGGAAUUCUGUUGCCAAAUGACCUUCGGUUUAAAUUAAUUUCAAUCUCUUUUCUCUGUAUUUCAGCUACAUAUCACAUAUGCCUGUUGAGAAAAAGGAUACUAAAGUAACAUAAAUUAAGUGUACAUCUGGUUUUAGUGUUGGAAUUCCAUGAAAUUGUAUAUUUCUAUUUUGGAUGACUUUUUGUAUUUAUUAAAGAUGAUUUUGUUUUAA